AGUGAAUAAUUUUGUGAACAGCUCGAAUUAUUUAUCUUUUAUAAACAACUAAUGUUUAAUUACGAUUCUAAAUUGAAUAAUAUAUUAAGAUCGUAGUUCCUUUAUAUAUUUUUUUAUGUGUGUCAUGUACUUGUGCAAAUGUAGCUGCAUUUGUAGUUUUUGUAACCCACGUGUUAGUGUUUGAGGUUAGGACCUUUAAAAAGUUCAAAAGUAAACACGACAAUAAAAUGAAAUCGAGGACAAUAAAAAGAAAUAAAAAAAAACAAAUAAUUGAAAAAACUCGCAAACAGUUGCGCAAAGAAAAGAGGCAACAAAAAAAAAUUAAUCGUGCUCAAUAUUAUGCAAAGAAAAAAAACAUUCCAGGAAAGUUUGUAUUAAACCCUGAAUGUUCAUCAGAUGAAAAGUUUGAUGUCACUGCUAAAAAAAUUGUGAAAAAUAAUAAAAAUCACAAUAAAAUUAAGAACAAUGGUAAUACUAAUACUAACAAUAAUAAUAAAAAUGUAGAUGUGAUGCAAAGAGAGUUAAAAAAAGAAAAAUUAGAAUUAAAACAUCUUCAGAAUCAAAUGAAAAAACAUAGAAAAAUAGGUCUGAUAGAAGAUAAUGAAAAAGAAGAUAAAGAAAUUAAACAUUUAGAAAAACAAUUAAGAUUAAAUAAAAGAAAAAGUAAGACUGUACCCAAAUCAUUUGUUGAUGAUGGUUUAGAUUAUUUGUUAGAUUUUUGUGACGGAGAAAAUAGGAGAUUUGCUCUAGAAACUGAAAAGCAGUUACUUGGAGUUGAUAUUGAGUCAGAUUUCGAUGAAGAUUUCGAAAUGGUUACAAAAGGAGUAAAUGUAAAAAAUACACUGAAGAAAUCCAAAACAAAACAUGAUGUUGAUGAGGAAUUACUUUGUAAGGGCGAUGAGGAAAGUAGUGAUGAUGACAACAAGAGUAUGAACAGUGAAUUUUCAGAUAUGAAUGAAAAUGAUUAUCCAUCAGGCAUGGAUACAAAUGACAAUCUGUCUGAGAUAGAUGCAAAUGAGGAUUUUUCAGAUGAGGAUGAAGAUGAUAAUGACCUCGACCAAAAUCGAAAUCAUGACAAGAUUCAAAAUGAAAGUGAAGAUGAUGAAGACAAAAAUGUAACGGAGGGAGAAGAAAAUGGAACUUGGUAUGAUAUUUAUGGAAGAAAACGAGAUAGUAGUGGGCAUGUAAUAUCCGAGGACAAUAAAAAUAAAUACAUUCCACCAGCAGCAAGAUUACAAAAUUUGAAAAAAAGUUCUACUGACGAAGAAAAAUUAGCAAGGCUCAAAAAACAGUUGAAAGGUCUUGUAAAUAGAUUAGCAGAAUUCAACUUACAUAGUAUUGCUCUUCAAAUUGAAGAGCUGUACAUGUCAAAUAGUCGAAAUGAUAUGAAUGAAUUGAUAUCUACUCUUUUAUUGGAGUCAAUAGUCUCUACAGUGAUGACACCAGAUCGGCUAAUUGCGGAGCACAUGCUGUUAGUUACUGUUCUUCAUGCUAAUGUUGGAACGGAAGUUGGCGCACACUUUUUAUUAACAGUAGUGAAAAAAAUUGAUGAGCUAAUUGAAACAACUCAAGAUGUUGAAAAUAAAGAAGUAGACAAUUUGAUAUUGAUGCUUUCGCAUUUAUAUAAUUUUAAAAUCUACGCAUCUCAACUUAUUUAUCAAAUUUUAGAUAAAUUAAUUGAUAAAUUUACAGAAAAAGAAAUAGAAUUAAUUUUAUUAAUAUUAAAGACUAUAGGAUUUCAGCUAAGGAAAGACGAUCCUUUAGCUUUAAAACAUCUCAUUUUAAAAAUACAGCAAAAAGCUAAAUCCACUGAAUCAUCGAAUUCACGUAUACAAUUCAUGUUAGACGUUCUAUUGGCUAUUAAAAAUAAUAAUAUGAAUAAAAUACCGCAAUAUGAUCCAACUCAUGUUGAACAUUUGAAGAAAAUAUUGAAAAGCUUCCUUCGUAAAGGUAAUACUGUUACGCAGCUAAACAUUUCUUUAACUGAUUUACUUACAUCUAAUGAAAGAGGUAAAUGGUGGGUAGUUGGAUCAGCAUGGACAGGAACAAUAAAUAAUACACAAAAUGAAAAAGUAUCUGAUACGCAAGUUGAAUACAGCGAAAAGUUAUUAGAAUUAGCUCGCAAACAACGAAUGAAUACUGAAAUAAGAAAAAACAUUUUUUGCAUUCUCAUGACUGCUGAAGACUAUUUAGAUGCUUUUGAAAAAAUAAGUCGUUUGAACUUAAGAGACCAACAACAAAGAGAAAUUAUCAGUGUUAUCAUGAAAUGCUGCCUCCAAGAGAAAGUAUUUAAUCCAUAUUAUGCUGUCUUGGCACAGAAAUUUUGCGAUUCUGACCGAAAAUAUCAGAUGUCAUUGCAAUAUUCAUUGUGGGAUAAAUUAAAAACUUUAAAUACUUACACUAAUGUUCAAAUUCAUAAUUUAUCUAAAUUUUUAAUUUAUUUGUUUAUUGAAAAAGGAUUACCUUUAACAGUGUUGAAAGUAAUUGAAUUUGGUGAGUUAGACAAACCAACAAUGAGACUCUUAAGACAAACAAUGUUCGGAAUUUUACUUCAUGAUAAUACUGAAGCUUGCUUGCAAGUGUUCGAACGAAUACCAACGUCACCUCAAUUACAAAUGUUACGUGAAGGACUUAGACUAUUUAUUAAUCAUUUUCUGUUAAAAAAUGUUGAUUCCAAAUCAUUUCCGGAACAAGAAACUAAAAAAUUAGUUGAACGAGGGGAAAUAGUAGAUAAAAUUUUGUACAAACGUUCUUCAAAAACUUUACUUUGAAAUAAUAAUCAUAAAAGUAUUUAGUAAAAUCCAUUUAUUUUUUCAAAAAUUAAAAUUAAUCUUUCAUCGAAGAUAGUGUCAUGUUUUCAAGGAAUAAAAAAAAAACAAAAAUUUUAUAUGUAGUUAAAAUAUACUGUCAUUAAAAUUAAUGAUUAAAGUGUGCCAUACAAGUUUUGUAGGCAUUGUCGUAUUUUAAAGGAAGUGGUCCACUACACCCAUAUCCACCAAGAUAAUGGAUUCGUGCAUAAUCAUCACAGUUUAUUACUCCAUCGCCAUUACAGUCCUAAAAAGACAAGUUGCAAUGUCAAAUAUAUUAUCAGAAACAUUUUCGUUCUUAUAGUUCAUUUUUUUACAAUACAAUUUACUAAAUUACCUGAGCAAACCUAUCCAUAUACCCUUGAACUGCAUCGGCGGCACAGAAAGGAUCAUUGACACACCGCGUCCAAGCUGUAAUUAAAUUAUUAUGUAAUAAAUGAAUCUUAAUUACAA